AUGGUCGAGUGCCCCAUCUGUAGCAGACAGGUGCAGUCGGUGAACAUCAACGCCCACCUCGAUUCACAAUGCAACGACUUCAUCAUUGACACCUCGGCGGCCCCGCCCGUCUCCUCCUCGCCCGCCGCCCCGGCGCCCUCGACCCAGAAUGGCUUCUUCGCCUCCCAAAAACGGCCGGCCUCGAGCUUUUUCCAGACUCCCUCUUCCAAGAAGCAGGCCACCUCGUCCAAGGUGCUUACACCGAUGGUGAACGGCACCGCGGCCGUCAAGCUCAACGGCGCCAUGAAGCGAUCAUUCGAUGAGGGCCCCGGCCAGGGUGAAGACUCGCCCAUGAUGGAUGUCAACGGGCGGUCGGUGAGCGUAACGCCGGCCGAGGAGGCAAGGGUCAUCAAGCGCACCAAGACGAACAAGGCGGCACCGCUGGCGGAGCGUAUGCGGCCCAAGAAUUUCGGCGACGUGUACGGGCAGGAUCUGGUCGGACCGCAUGGCGUCUUGCGGUCGCUGAUCGAGUCGGAGUCCAUGCCGUCCAUGAUACUAUGGGGAGGCUCGGGGACCGGCAAGACGACCAUUGCGCGAUGUAUCGCUCAGAUGGUGGGCUCUCGCUUCAUCGAGCUGAAUGCGACGAGCUCGGGCGUCGCUGAGUGCAAAAAAAUAUUUGCCGAGGCGGAAAACGAGUUAAAGCUCACGGGGCGCAAGACCAUCAUCUUUUGCGACGAGAUACAUCGCUUCAGCAAGUCUCAGCAAGAUGUCUUCCUGAAACCCGUAGAAGCAGGCACCAUCACAUUGAUCGGAGCAACCACCGAGAACCCGAGCUUCAAGGUCGUUUCUGCACUCUUAUCGCGCUGUCGCACAUUCACUCUACAGAAGCUCACCACAGAGGAUAUCAACAAUAUUCUCCAACGGGCCCUGCAGCUCGUGCAGUCCGAGUCUCCAAACACCCCUUCAAAUCUGCUAGACGCAGAACUCCUCACAUACUUGGCCAAUUUCGCCGACGGAGACGCCCGGACGGCGCUCAACCUUCUCGAGCUGGCCAUAUCCCUAUCUAACCGGGACGACAUAACGAAAGACGGCAUCAAAGCUGCGUUGACCAAGACUUUGGUCUAUGACCGGGCAGGCGACCAACACUACGACACCAUCUCGGCCUUUCACAAGUCUGUCCGCGGCUCAGAUGCCGACGCAGCGCUAUACUACCUGGCACGCAUGCUGCAGUCUGGUGAAGACCCGCUCUUCGUGGCUCGUCGCAUGGUGGUCAUCGCAUCUGAGGAUGUCGGGCUCGCAGACAACACUCUACUCCCGCUAGCCACAGCAACAUACACAGCUACACAGCAGAUCGGCAUGCCGGAAGCGCGAAUACCUCUCGCGCACUGCGCCGUGGCGCUGUCUCUGGCCCCCAAGAGCACAAGGGCCUACAGGGGCCUGAACAACGCCUACGCGGCCCUGAAAGAGCCAGGUGUCGCAGGACUCCCAGUGCCAAUCCACUUGAGAAACGCGCCCACGCGGCUGAUGAGGGAAUUGGGCUAUGGAGCCGAGUACAAAUACAACCCAAACUACAAGGACGGCAAGGUCCGCCAGGACUACCUCCCGGACGACCUUCUCGGCAGGACGUUCCUGGAAGACAGAGAUCUAGGCACGGCGGUGGAUCCCGAUUUGGCCGUAGACGAGGGCUGA